UAGAGAAACUAAACUUAGUGUGUCUGUAUAACACGGCACUAUUAAGCUAUUUGGAUCCACUACUUCAAUCAUGAACCUCUCUGGAUUGUUUUCCCUUUUCUCAACAUUAUUGAUCACCCACUGUAAUACUUUGGUGAUCAGGCAGACUCCUUCUGAGAAUGUUUAUGAUGUAGAUCCUGGGGAUUUUCGAGAUGAUAUUCCAAAAAUAAAUUUAGAAUCCCAAAGGUUUCUGUUUCAAGGCGACAUUGCACAGAGUCGGGAACGGAAUGCUCUUAAAGAUCCAACAUCAAGAUGGAAAUUUCCUAUUCCAUACAUUCUGGCUGACAACCUUGAUCUAAAUGCCAAGGGUGAAAUCUUGCACUCAUUUGAGCAGUAUCGCUUAAAAUCCUGCAUUGAUUUCAAACCUUACGAAGGCGAAGAAACAUAUUUAAUUUUUCAAAAAUUGGAUGGGUGCUGGUCUUCUGUUGGUGACUUGCACAGUGGCCAAAAUGUAUCCAUUGGUGAACGAUGUGACUAUAAGGCUAUUGUUGAACAUGAACUCCUACAUGCGUUAGGAUUCUACCAUGAACAAUCAAGGACAGACCGGGAUGACUAUGUUAACAUUUGGUGGGAUGAAAUUAUUCCAGGUAUGGAGCAUAACUUUGUGGUGUAUGAUGAUAGUUACAUUACGGACCUGAAUACUCCAUAUGACUAUGAAUCUCUGAUGCAUUAUGCACCAUUCUCGUUCAACAAAAACGACAGUUCUCCUACUAUCACAGCAAAGAUACCAGCAUUUGAUGAAAUAAUUGGACAGCGAUUGGACUUCAGUGCUAUUGAUUUGCUAAGGCUAAAUCGCAUGUAUAACUGCAGUUCCACUCUCACACUGUUGGACCAAUGUUCCUUUGAGUUCAUUAAUAUCUGUGGCAUGAUUCAGGGUGAAAAUGAGGAUGCUGAUUGGGUUCAUAUGAAGAGCAAUCCUGGAAAUGAGGAUCAUACUGUAAACGGCAAAUGCAGAGAUUCUGGAUUCUUUAUGUACUUUGAUACGCAAACAGGACUGACUGAUCAAACUGCUGUUUUGGAAUCCCGAAUCCUUUACCCCAAGAGGACCGAGCAAUGCCUCCAGUUCUUCUAUAAAAUGACAGGGAGUCCAAAGGAUAAGCUUGUUAUAUGGAUGAAGUUGGAUGAUGGAACUGGAACUGUUCGAAAACUGGUUAAAAUUGAGACCUUUGAAGCCGAUGGCAGCCAUUCUUGGAACAUUGCCCAUGUGACGUUUCAUGCAAAGGCCAAGUUUCGAUAUCUCUUUCAAGGUAUAGUUGGUGAUCCCACAAAUUCUACAGGUGGAAUUUUCCUGGAUGACAUCAGUUUUACUGAGACCCGCUGCCCCAAAGGCGUCUGGCAAAUAAAGAACUUCUCUGCCAUUCUUCAAGACAAGAGACUUAACGCAACUUUAUUAAGUCCACGGUUUUACAGCAGUGAGGGUUAUUGCUAUGGCGUCAUCUUGCAUCCGCACUCACGUUAUGAAAACUAUACGGGGAUGUUUUUCCAUCUGUGCAGUGGUGAAAACGAUGGCAUCCUUGAGUGGCCAGCUGGGAACAGGCAAGCUGUUGUCACUAUUAUGGACCAAGAUCCUGAUGCCAAACUUAGAAUGUCAUCUAGUAGAAGUUUCACUACAAACGGAAGCUAUGUAACAACAGAUAGAAAUGACACUUUCUUCUGGGACAGGCCUCAGCUCACCGGAAAGUAUGAUCCUACUUGUGAUUGCUUUCGGAGCACUUCCUGGGGUUGGUCAGCUUUCAUAUCACACAAGCAACUUCAGCGUAGAAGCUUCUUAAAAAAUGAUGACCUCAUUAUUUUCGUUGAGUUUGAUGAUCUGACUCCACUCAUUAAGUCUGAAGUUCCAAUUCGCCCCCAAAGCUUUCAUGAAAGGCAUCGGCGAGCAGUGGAUUAUGCCGGAUACAUCCAAGAGCCUCAGAGACCCUUCCAAGAUUCCUGUGACCCUGGAUAUUGUCUAAAUGGUGGAGUGUGUGUUAUGACAAAAGGGAAAGCAAGUUGCAGAUGUGGCUCUACUCAAACACACAUGUACUUUGGUGACCGCUGUGAACAAGCACAGGUUCAUGGUUCUCUCUUUGGGGUAAUGAUUGGAGCCACUGCUGGUGUGAUAGCUCUGGCCAUCGCUAUUAUUAGCAUGAUUGCAAAAACACGCAAUUACUAGGAGAAAUCUGAUCAGAAACCUGUUUUUCCCAUGAGUCACGAAACUUUGAGAGAUUUUUAUAUCCUGUAGCAGCUGCCUUCAGGAGCAUAGCUUUGCAUGCGCAUAAUAAUUGUGUAAAGUUCAGACUGUGUUUAUGUCUAAUCACAUCAACCAUGAUUACUGGAAAUGAUUACCAGAUAUAUUCAUAAACAGAAUGACCAUUUUAAAGUUGCCACUUUUCCAGCCAGAGCCAAUCUCCAUCUAUCACUUGUGCAAACAGCUACUGUAUUCUUUGCAACGAGCAGUAAUGUAUUUGUGCUUUUUAAAUUAAAAUUUCAGUUUCCAUACCAUUUCUGCAUCUUAAGUCAUUCGAUUGCUCAAGGGUUGCUGCUCCACUAUUACUGCUGUUAGACUCUCAGACUUCCAUUUUGUCACUACACACCCUUAGGAUCCCAGCCAGCUUCCCCAUUAUUGCAUUGGUGGACACUGGCAACAGUGUGUGAGACGGUCAAUGUUUAGUGAAAUCAAAAUUCUCGGUCUGGAGAAAAAUGGACUUCCCUAAAUCAUUUUUUUGUUAAUGUCCUGAGAAGGGAAGACUUAAAAGAUAUUGUCAAAUAGUUGCAAAUGAUGAAACUUCUGGACAAGUUGAAUCCUAGCUGGCUCCUGUAUUAAAAAGAGAAUUUAAACCAAUGUGGCAGCAGUGGGCUAGUCAUAUUAUCACUGGCCUAUUGACCCAGAGACCUUGAUGCUGUUUUGGGGACCAUGGCUCAAAUCCUACCAUGGCUGCUGGUGGAAUUUGAAUUCAAUAGAUAUCUAGUAUUAGGAGUCCAAUGAUAACUGUGAAACCAUUGCCAAUGGUCAGGAAACACCCACGUGGUUCACAAAUGCGCUUUAGGGAAGGAAACUGCCAUUCUUACCUGGUCUGGUCUCCAUGUGGCUCCAGACCCACAGCAAUGUGGUUGACUCUGAACUGUCCUCUGGGCAAUUAGGGAUGGGCAAUAAAUGCUGCCUGGCCAGCAACACCCUCAUCCCGUGAAUGAAUACAAAAGAAGAGCGGAGAGAUUAUGUCUGAUUAAUGGAAGCUAAAUUGGUGGCCAUGAAGUAAAUUUUGACAAGAUAUAAGGAUGGCCAGAUAUCUGGUUUUGUACUGGACAGUUGGAUUUUUUUCUGAUCUGCCACUGAACACUGUUGGAUGACAUUAGAACAGUACUUUGGCCCAGAGUGUAUAUAUCACACUGAAACACCAGGAGAAGCCUGUGUUCUUUCAUUUCCCUGUCGUCAGUUGCCUGAUACAAUAGAGAUGCAGGAAAAGGUUUUAUUUGCAUGUUUCUACUGACCAGUUAUGAGGAACAGGAUUGCUAAUCCUGGCUCUGUGAGAGGCCUGCAGCUGCUACCAGCCCAGCUCAGAUUCCCCACUCCCAUGUUCAUCUCCUCCCUGCCCUCGGGAUCCAACUGUGGAUCAGUUAGGGAUCAGCUCUGAGUAGGCAACUUAGGCUUCUCAUUCCAAGUGAUUUUCCAAUUUCCUCCCCUUGUCGGUCACAUUUAUGAACUAAAGGCCACAGCAGGAAAAAUACAAUGCUAAGGCAUUCUUGUACCUGAAGUACAGGCAGAACCGAACACAGGCAAGGGAGCAAUUUCAGAAAUUUUUAGAGAGGAAUAAGGUAAAGCUCUGAUAGUAAAAGGGAUUCAGGGAUAUUAAAUGUGUGAGAAGGUUUGCUGAAAGCUAGGCCGAAUUCUAAUUCUUGAAGCCAUUGCAGUGUUGAUCGGCAAGUGAAAAAUCAGUCGCUGCAGGAUAUUGACUUAUAACCUGCACUAACUAUUCCAAAUGCUGCUGACCAUGUCUAGUGAGUGUCAAUGAACAAAUAGAGAUUGGUUGAGAGGUCAGCAGCAAAAUAGGAGUCAGAGAAAGAAAGGUGCCUGUGAUUUGCUGAGGGGUCCUUAACAGAUGGAUCAGUUUGGACCAGUGUGUUUACACAUGCAAUGUCAUCCAUUAUGAUUCCCGAAGCUUUCACCGAAUCAUCAGCUGUGAGAACGGUGACCAAAGCUCUUCAUCUUAUCUGCAAAUACAUAUAGUACACAAUGCUUUUUGUGGCAGAGGGCUCUGCAGAAUUAGUCAAUGUUUAAACACUUGAUCCCAAAUCAUUCUGUAUUUUAAAAGAUGUAGAAAUAAAAUGUGCUUGAACAGACUAGACAUAAAGAAGCCUACUAUGUUCACCCAGCUCCACACCUUGUUAUCUCAGAUGCCAGCAUCGGCUGUUCCUACUGUCUCUAGAAGUAAAACAUGCUUGUUUCAAAACAAUAUUAGUCAUUUGGUGCCUCAUUCCAGAUUGCAUUCAGUCAUCUAGGCCAGUGAGAUCUCAAUGAGUCUCAGUCAUAGAGAUGUACAGCGCAGAAGCAGACCUUUCGGCCCAACUUGUCCAUGCUGACCAGAUGUCCUAAAUUAAUCUAGUCCAUUUGCCAGCAUUUGGCCCAUAUCCCUCUAAACCCUUCCUAUUCAUAUACCCAUCCAGAUGCCUUUUAAAUGUUGCAAUUGUACCAGCCUCCACCACUUCCUGAAUUGGUUCAUUCUAUACAUACACCAUCCUCUGAGUGAGAAAGUUACCCCUUAGAUCCCUUAUAGAUCUUUCCCCUUGUGCCUUAAACCUAUGCCCGCUAGUUUUGGAUUCCAUUACGUUGGAGAAAAGAUCUUGGCUAUUCAGCCCAUUCAUGUCCCUCAGGAUCUGUAAGCUCAGUGCUUCUGAAUAUUGCUGAGCUCAUCUGGGGUAAAGUGUUAAAAAAAUGUACACAGCACCUUUUGGCAAGGAAGACUUUAUUUUUGACAAACAAUAUCCUGGGCCCCUCUAGAAUAAGUCUGAAUGCAUUUCCUCAGACUUCCUCCGUUGAAUGCCAAAACAAAUGAGGAAAGUUCCAGAAAUUUAGUCUUCAGUAGAUUAAUGAUGCAUCUGGGAAGUUUCACCAUCUCCCAUUUUCUCUUCCCACUAUGCCUUUAUGUUGCUAAAGACUAUUCUGGUGGUUUCCCCUGCAGCAAGACCACGAUGCACUGCCAAGGGACAUUGAAAGCAGCAGAACCAUUUCAAUGAUGAAACAUUUGGAAUCUGGGUGGGUACAGAGAAAAUCCUUCACCAGAAACAAAGUCAGGCCUAUAAUGAAGAUUGCAGCAAGGCAUACUCCCUCUGUAGCAGGCCCAGGCAAGAGGGGGAAUGAGAGACAGUUUCUCUAUGCUUCAUGCACAGACACAAAUUCCAGGAAAGGGAGUCAGGGUCAAACACCUCUGGGCUUCCUGUGGAUCCCACAUAUCUCUGGUGGGGCCGGGGCCGGUGGCAGGAGCUGCACUCUGUUCCUGAGCUGGUUGCCCCUCAUUUGAGAGAUCAGUGAACUGCUGCUGCUCCUGGCCUUCUUGGUCCACUGCCUUCACCUUCUUAGGAAGGCAAAUAUAGCCAACAGCAGCAGAACCCAGGAUUCCUGAUGGCAAUGACGUUUGUUGGGAAUGACCCAGUGGCUCAGUGCUGCCCCACAGUGCCAGGGAUCCAGGUUCGAUUCCACCCUCGGGCGACUGUCUGUGUGAAGUUUGCACAUUCUCCCUGUGUCUGCAUGGAUUCACUCCGGGAGCUCCAGUUUCUUCCCAUAGUCCAAAGAUGUGCAGUUUAGGUGGAUUGACCAUGCUAAAUUGCCCAUAGUGUUCAGGGAUGUGUAGAUAUGGUGGGUUAUGAGGGGUAUUGGUCUGGGUGGGUUGCUCUUAGGGUCAGUGUGGACUUGUUGGGCCGAAGGGCAUGUUUCCAAACUGUAGGGAUUCUAUGAUAAGAAGUGAAAGAGUUUCUUGACACUAUGAGCAGUCACUGGUGACAUACCCUUGAGAUAAUGGAUGAACACAAUUCUCUAACCUCUGAGACAUUCUGCAUCCUGAUCGUGAGGGCAAUGAUAUCAUUAAUCAACUGCCUCAGAAAUGUUAGGAUAUGCCUCUGGAGCAUCUGGGACUUGGAGCCAGGCCUUCUGGAUUAGACUGAAAGCCACAAAUGCUGGAGAUCACAAUGGGUCAAGCCUCGAGUGUCAUGGCAAUCUGUAACUCCCCGCCUGAAGUGCAGCCCAAGAGCUUAAAAAUGGGAUUAGGUUGGGUGGCUAUCUGUUCACUAGUGCAGACAUGAUGUGAUGAUUGGCCUCAUACUGUACAGUCAAUUUCUGUAACAUUAUGCUUUUACAUACUGCAUCAUUUCAAUAUCGUACGGUGCAAUUUCUUGCGAUUUUUCAAGAUGAGUAUAAUAUUGUAAAUGAUGCACUUUUCUGCCCCCAGCUCAACUUAACUAAUCCACUUGCACUUGGUGCCUCACAUAACUCAAUUUCAUUUGUUCCUUCUACACAGACAUACAGGAGGUGAAAUUGAAAAAAUGCCAGGAGUGUAGAACCAGCUAGUGUCUAGGGGAGCACUCAAAUUCAUGGGAAGAGAAAAGGCAAUGCUCAUGAGUUGAUUGAAGGGACAGUUUUAUUUGGCAUGUGGGAUGAACAUGUGAUGAUUUCUGUCUUGUAUUAAUUUGCAAAGGCUAUUAGUAAAGUAUUUACACUAUUGCAUUGCAUCUGGUGAUUGCAACAGGCACAGAACUCCAUUACUCUCAACCUUUUCUGAAUGUUUGCAUCAUCAAUGGAAGUAUUUGCAGGCUUGAACUGCAGCAGACCUAGGCAACAGCUCUAUUUUUCCAGGCCAUGAUUUAGCUAACGCUAUACUUGAUCAAGCAUUGGAAUUACUGUCUGAGGAUGCCAAAGGUAUGUUGCACCCUUGGUAGGCUGCAUAGAUUCUUUCCUAAGCUCUUGAGCCCUGUAUUAACCAUCAACCUAAGGUCAGAACAGAACGUUGGUCCCCCAGAUGUCAUAUUUCUGGAGUCUUGUUCCUUCAAAUCAAACUG